AUGAUUUCAAUCAAGCAGGAAGUAUCAAGUGUUGCAGCUUGUAGUUUUAUGGUUGGAAGCAAAACUAUACAACCAAGCAUCGAAGCGCAUUUAAAGCCAGUGACAUCAUUGCAUAAUCCAGUUGUUGCGACCACUGAUCAAUACUCCACUCUUGCUUCUAAAUGUGAAAAAGUUGCAAAGGAAUUGUUGGACACGGAAAUGAAAUAUUGCCAUGAUCUAACACAGUGCUAUGAAAUAUUCUCUCAAGGAUUGCAAGGCAUAAUCAGUACUAGUCUUGCAAGCCAAUUAUUUUUAAAUUUUGAACAACUCAUUUUUGUUUCUACUUCUAUUGCUAAUGCACUUAAACAGCUGCCACCUGGUGAUGUAUUUGUCGAAAAAUUUGAUUUGCUUCAUGCUUAUGUUGAAUUUUGCUCGAAACAACAAGCAGCAUUGGAAAUGCUAAACGAACUUGAACACAACAACGUUUCUUUUAGACAGGCGUAUCGUUCAUGUUGUAUAAAGACAAAAGGGAUAAACUUCAGUUACUUUUUGCUCUUGCCGAUGAAUCGCAUUACUCGUUAUCCGUUAAUUUUUGAAAAGCUUGUCAAAUAUACAGAUCCAAAUGAUGCUAAACGCAAGAAUCUUGAAAAAGUGUGCGAGCUAUUGAAGUCAUUAUGUACCGAAAUUAACGAUGUCGUCAGCGCAAUGGAUAGUUCCAGCAUGCUCAUUUGGGCCCAGCAACAUGUCCAUUGUGAAGCUAUACAACCACCUAUUGUCUUUCUAUCUUCUACACGGAAAGUUGGACCACGAUGUCUCCUGCACUCUGGUGCUUUGCAAAAACAGUUAAAUGGGAAAAUAUUGGUUGCCUUAUUAUUCAAUGAUUUUUUGAUGUUAACAACACCUAUGGAACCAAUCGAACAGCUGGAAGAGUUCAGAAUCUCCAAAACAAGUGAAUUUCAUUUAAAUCUUUACAAGACACCUUUAUUAUUGGAAAAUGCUAGAGUUGAGCAGAGCAAGGAAAUGGAUGAUUGCUCGUUUGAAGUUCUCUCCGGUGAGUUUUCUGUAAUAUUACGUGCACCAAAUCGAAAUGCUCGAUUAUUUUGGAUUGCACAAAUUGAAAAAGCCAUUAAUGAGUACCGUAAUCAGUGCCUAACAUUAAAGAAACCGUCGAUAUCUUGUGAUAUGUCUGAACAAGGUCGACUUUUCGUGGAACUGGUUUGCAUUCUAAACGUGGACAGUACAUUGAGAUUAUUGGGGACUCAAUCAAUACUGUGUAAAUUUCAAAUCGGUCAAUCAUCAACGUAUGCUGAUGUUGAUAUAAACAAAAAGGAACAUCUUUGUACGACACAACUGCCAAUCUAUAAAACUGCUUAUGAUGAUUUUUUCGAAGUAGCAAUUUUUCUCAAUCGAAUCUUUUCUCCAGAUCUUUGUGCAGGUAGCAGUAAAAUUGCAAUGGCAGAUCUGUUGACAACCGCAACAAUGCAUCGUGGUCCAAUGUCGAAGCAAUUUGAUUGUGAACCAGGAGAUAUAACAAAUUUACGACCUCGUGUAAUUCUCAAAUUUGUUGUACAAUUAUUCUAUUGA